GGAGACGGCGACGGAGGACGAGUGAGCGAUGGCGUUGAUUUUGGCGAGAGUCGCGUCUGCUCACAACAAGCAAGCAGCACGUGAGCGAAAAGACUUAUGGCAGGGCUUUGCUUGAUGAAUAUCAUUCAAGGCUGUUGGUCGCCGGUUUUGUUCGUUGAGUGAGAGGAAUGGCGUGGGGAGCGAAAGCGCAGGGCGCUGAUGACGACGAAUAAAGCGGGGGGUGAAAGUCGUUGGAAGGUGUGUGUGUGUUUUUUUUGCGAAAAUUACACUGGUCCUGUUGAGAUGACGGACCAUGCCACCUGAUUUUGGGCUGACACUGGAUGCGAUCGUUGUGACGAGCGUGGUUGAUUUGAUUCAUGAGGAGCGGAUGUGUUUGGUGUGUCUCAUGAGUUGCGGGGCGGUAGGGUAGAAUUUUGGUGCGACAGGGAGAGGAGAAGGUGGAGGCGCAGUCAUGGACGACAGGCGAACCCGUUUGGAUGUGUAGACGGUUUUUGAGAGAAGAGCAGGUAUUGGAGAUGUGAUAUAGGAGGAGUAGCCUCGCGGGUGUGUGUGAUGAUAAUUAAAUUACAGAGAAUUGACUUGUGACGCGUAUGGCGAUUGAACUUGGUUUUUGUAGAGAGUGGGAGUGAGAUGCAACCAGUGAACGGACAAAAUGUGGUGGAAUUGAGAGAGUGGGAGCUGAGCUUGGUUUUUGGUUUUUUUGGGUUUUCAGAGAAUGCGAGUAGAGAGAUUGAUUGUUCAGAUUUCGAUCGCAGAGGCGGUCUAUCCUCGGGGAGGUUUAUUCUGCUUGUGUUGUGAAGCUCAUUCUCGAUCAGGGUGGAAUGAAUCUGCUGAGUGCAAGUCGGGGCACUCUUUUCUUGUGACUCCGCGCUGCACCGUGACUAAUCCAGUCUUGAGCAGGCCGCGUUGUCUGUGUCGAAAUUUGGACGAGAAUACUAAGCUAGGCUGUAGAGGAUGGCAUGUGAAGUUGAGGUUCUCGACUAUGAUUUGGCUUGCGUGUAAUCGGAGAGCAGACGCAGCCACUGCGUUGAACAAGUUUUCAGGUCUGAUGUGGUGGCAAGCUGCUUUGUCAUCAACUCUUGCGAGCUCGACGAGGAAACAGAUGCUUGUGAAGCCUCUUCAAGGAACAGUCGAGGCAUUAGCUAGAUGGACAUGGUGAAUACUCCUCUUGGCCUGGACAGGAGACAGCAUGUGGCUCGAGCAUUUUCCACUUUUAUUCCGAAUUUCAAGUGGAGGAGACCUUACAUUGUCGAUCUGUUUAUCACACUUAAGAUCUUCUCGUGCUUAGGUCUUUCAUGUGUCGAUCGAUUAGUCCCAGUAUCUUCUGACAUAUCAUUUCCAGAGUAAACGAGUUGAAGCGACUUUGCCGAGUUUGGAGACUGGUCGUACUGAGGCUAUUUCUUCAGCUCAGAGUACUGUACUGUCUCAAUGCUGCUGUUGGAGGGAGAACUACCUCCACAGAAAGUGAAGUUCUUGUCAAUACGGUCGGUGUACUUAGGAUUGAGGACGCCUGAUACAUGUAGGGGGAGUCUUUGAGUUAACAAGACUCUCCCUAUUUGAUUCAUGCACUCCUACAUCAGGACUAUAUCUGUCUGUCCCCACAAUGACAGUACUGGUACAAUCUCCCGCCCUCCCAUGCUUGAAGUCCUAGACCCACAAGAGAGAUCAGUGUAAUCCGUUUCAGGUAGCUAAGCGAGGAGUGUCGAGAAAAGGAGAUCUUCAAAAAGAAGAAGAAAAGAAGACGCUUGGAACUGGCAUGAAGAUGACUUCAAAGAGUACAAGAGGUUAACUGUGUCUCUAAUGACAGAGCUCAAAGACGAACAAAGAAGGAUCCAGAAUGGGUACGAUUGAACCAAUUGAGUUCAGGGCGAAACAGAGGGAAAGCUGCUGCAAUAGUAGUGAGAUGGAGCGUUCUUCACCUGCUUCCACGUCGUACGGAGGGUCUUCUCCAUCGUCAAGGGACAAUGUUAGCACUUCUUCCUUCUCUGUACAUCCCUGUAAGCAAGAGAGGAAUGCUAAAGCGGACAAAAUUGGGCAACCGAGACGACGCGUGAAAUCUAGCCUAGGGAGUUGGGGGAGCUUUGAGAGGGCUGAGACUCAGGAUUCUGAGCCUAGUGGGGACCACAAUGUUGAAGAAAAGAGCACAAGUUUCAAGCAGGAUCGCAAACAACAGAAAGCUUGGCAGUCGCUUGCCUUGAAAGUAUGUUUGAACCAAAAGCAAUCAAAUGGCAUAUCUAAUGAAAGCGAGACAAGCAGCUACAAGGAUCAGAAUGAGUUAUCAAACUGCAAGACUUUCGAGCGUCUGGUUCAACUGUCUGAACUUGAAGAGGAAGUCUUGUCAUUACAGAAACAGUUGGCGGAGGAACUUGAGCUACGUGCGGUGUUGGAAAGCGCAUUGGAACCUACGUCAGGAACUUUGAACAAAUUUCCAUGUCAUCUACCACUUUCUGCUCGGGAACUCUUGGCCAAUAUCACACUGUUGGAGGUGGCGGUUUUGAAAUUAGAGGAGCAAACCUCAGUUUUACAGAAUGAAGUAGGACAUGCUCGCAUAGAGAGGGAAAUAUUUGAACUUAGGCAUUCUUCAGCAGGAAGUGCACCCUUGAGCUCAGAGCGCUCUAAUUUGUACUCCGCCUCUUUGGAUUCUAACGCAAAUUUUGGAGAUAAUCACAGUGAUAGUCUACCUAGCAUAUCUUCCUCGUCUCAGGAGCAGCAGUUGAAGCCAGUUUCAACUUCAACGCUUGAGGAGAUGACUGGUCUUCAGUCUUGUACGUCUCCUAGGCAAAAGUCUCAGUUUCAACUACCUCAAAAAAGUUGGAAGGAGCAACGGGCUCUCAUACUGCGGCAAGAUCUUCAUUUAACGAUUCCAGAGUCUCCUGAAGACGACUAUGUAACCAUAUCACCCCCGGGCAUACAUCAUGAAUGUAACACAGCUAAUGACAUACAGAGUCAACGACUUGGAUCAUUUUGGGAACCGAACCCUCUGGAGCAGGAAGAGCAUUGGAUACCUCUUAACGAGCAUCAACCACAGGCCACAUUUGCUGAAGCGUACUGUGGCUCUCCUCAAGAUUGCUACCUAGAUCCAAGUCUUGUACCGGUUGCCUGUGUUGGUGACGAUGAUGAUCCUCAUUGUUUUUCUCCUGCUUUUAUUGCUAAAACUCUACGGCCACAUUCCCCAGAUCUGGCUGAUCUUGCUGAGGAUGAUGAUAAGUUUUUCCUUCCUGUAGCUGAGGUUCUGUGGAAACCUUCUACUGUAAAGCCCUUGUCUUUGUCGAGAGAAUUAGAAGACGAGAUUCCAACAAUGGCAAUGCUGGCAACCAAGCCAAAACCAUCGAGCUUUACUUCCAAGGACGACCAUCCUUGGCCAGAGAGCGAGUCCAUUCCUCACAGCAUGGUGUUAGAGGAACAGCCUUGGGCGCAAUUGGCCGAAGCUGAUUCAAUUGACGAGCAAAGAACGAAGUACCGGAAUGACGCAACGAACGUUCGUGAAUUUCAACGACAAGGAACAGUGGAUAAGAACCCUAAAAGAGUGAAGUCGUUUGGCUCCUCUCGGACGUCUAGCUUCUCAUCGGUGAAAUCUAGCACCCUUCUAUCUUCAAUAUGGUCACCAGUGGAUGCUAGAGCAGUGAAUCGGGAUGAGUAUGACUCGCAAAAUAGUACUAUAAUGGACAAUGAUUACGAUCUCGCUUCAACGUCUUAUUCGCCCAAUGAACUUUCAGAACAAAUGGUUCGAUGCAUGAUCAGUAUAUACCGCCAUUUGGCUGACUCGAACAACUCGAAACAAGAAUCCUUAUCAUCGAGCAAAACUCAAACUUCCACUUCACCCCUAACAGCAACUACGAAUUCGUCUGCCUCCUUAGUCACUGAAUCUUCUAUAUUGUCAGUGAAUAGAAGUCCUCUGGUGGAUCUUCGUAGUAAGGGAGUUUUAGGCAAUGAAGACUCUCCUGACCCCUUCAAAUCAAGGGGUAAGAUUCCAUGGGCAGACAUCGGCCCUUACGCUCAUGUGUUGGAGGUUUCUUGGCUCUCCGUCGGCAAGGAUCAGCUUGAGUUUGCUGCACAAGCUUUAGGUAGUUUCAAGAUAUUAGUGGAGCAAUUAUCAAGACUGGAUCCUUCGAAUUUGAAGCAUGAAGAAAAGCUUGCCUUUUGGAUCAACUUGUACAAUGCUCUUUUAAUGCACGCAUAUCUGGCAUAUGGCAUUCCGAAGAGUGACCUUAAAUUCUUCGCAUUGCUUCAAAAGGCAGCUUACACUGUGGGAGGGCACUCCUUCAACGCUGCCACAAUGGAGUUCUGUCUUCUCAGGUCGAAGUCGACUGCCCAUCGACCUCAACUUACUCUUCUGAUGUCCCUGCACAAGAAUAAGCUUACCGAGGAUCGAAGCAAAUUUGGAAUAGAUCACCCAGAGUCGCUUGCCAGCUUCGGCUUGUGUAGUGGAACUCGAUCAUCACCAAUGGUUAGAGUUUACACAGCUAAGCAUGUGAAGGCGCAGCUCGAAGAUUCUCUCCGUGAUUAUGCAAGGGCGGCCGUAGGAAUCUCAACAAAGGGCAGGCUAUUGAUCCCAAAGUUGCUUUACACCUAUGCUCGUGAACAUGUUGAAGAUGCUGACAUCAUGGAUUGGGUCUUCAACCGCCUUCUCAGCAACCAAGUAGAUGUCGUGUCUGAGGUCGUUCAACAGCGCAGGCAUCGUCUCCUCGGCUCAAGAAACUUCAACGUUCUACCGAACGACUUUACGUUUCGCUAUCUAUUCCCCUCGCAGGAUUGCUCAAAACUGCGUCCUGAGCCUUGACAACCUACCUACCAGUAAUCAAUUAUCUUAAAAUCGUUUUUAUUUGCGAGUCUAGUAGAUGGCACUAGAAUGACGUCAUUCAAAGGUAUUAGUUGUAUGUAGUGGAGUUCAGUAUCGCAUCAUUUCUUCUGGAAGAUAUUUGAUUUCCUUCCACAUCUAAUUUGUAGAAAUUCUCUUCAGCUUCCCACUGGGAAGAAACCCGGUACAACAGAAGUGCAAUUUUUUCUUUUUUUCUUUCUUUCUUUUUCUUUUUCUUUGAUUCUUAAAACAAAUCUAGAAGCAUUUUGAAUAGGUAUGUCCUGAAUGUGUCUUACAUGACAAUGCGUAAAGAAUAGUGCAGAUGAGGCAGAUGAAGCAGAACUUCUGUUAGGAAAUGGCUGGUUCUUCCCCUCACACUCCCAUGUCUGGGGAUUUGUAUAGUUGGUGGUGUUUUCCCACCUGAAACACACAAAACCGAAGCGGAUAGAAGAUA